GAAGAGGGCAAAGAAGAGUGGAGAGAGGGGAGGGAGCCGGGGAGGAAAUACAUACCUCCUCCUCCCCUUCAGCGGAGGAGAACACUGACGACAGGAACAGACAGAGAGAGAACGAGAGACUGUGUGUGUGUGUGUGCAUGUUUUAAAAACUGAUUUGACAACAGAGAAAAACUAGGAGACAGAGAAAAACUAGGAGAGCAGACGAGUGUGUAGAGAGAGACGCACACAAAGAGGGAGAAGGAGAGAGAGUUUUCCAUCUCAUACUGGGAGCACCGGUCCAGAGCGUUCAAACUUUUGAGAGGUAGGGGCGUAGGCAGGAGGAAUCCCUCUGUUCUCAGACUCUAAGAGGAGACGCUCCACUGUGAGAGGUGAGAGAAUUCUGAAGGAGGAAGAGAGAUCAGAGAAGAGACAGGAUGGAGUAUUGACCUGCAGGAGAACAGCAUGUAGCAUUGGAGGAUGAUUGGCGUCUAGACUUCCUAUUCAUACAUGAGUUGGAUUAUGCAGAUCCACCCAUCUUGAUUGCACCGGCGCCCAGCCUCUGAUUGGACAGCUAAGUACAAGAGGAUCCAUGUGGUUUCUAGGACAACGUGUGGUUGAUUGGCGGCUGUACCUCACCGCUGAGUGCAGGGGCUGGAUGUGACAGUAGACGGGGACAUAUGGCAAGUUACCUACUGUGCUGGGGGGGAGGGGCGUUGGAUGACAGGUACAUUUAUGACCCCCCCUACCCAGCAGUGUACCGGGAGAGGUCAGUCCAUCGGCCCCCGGAGCUCCUGUACCCUCAGGCGGAUGUAGCGGAGCGUCUGGCUCUGGGCAGCAGCGAUGCAUUGGCCAACGGCACCAAGGCAGAUCUGCAGGCAGCCAAACGCCUCGCCAAGCGUCUCUUCAACCUGGAUGGCUUCAAGAAGUCAGACGUGGCACGCCACCUCAGCAAGAAUAAUGACUUCAGUAGGAUGGUAGCAGAAGAGUAUCUCACUAACUUUAACUUCACUGGGUUGACCAUCGACCAGGCUCUCAGAGUGUUUCUGCGAGAGUUUGCUCUGAUGGGAGAGACUCAGGAGAGAGAGAGAGUCCUGUCUCACUUCUCCAACAGAUACCUGCAGUGUAACCCCCAAACCAUUCCCAAUGAAGACAGUGUUCACACGUUGACAUGUGCUCUGAUGCUUCUCAACACCGACCUACAUGGGCAUAAUAUUGGGAAGAGGAUGUCUUGCAGUCAGUUCAUCUCCAACUUGGAGGGCCUCAAUGAUGGAAAAGACUUUCCCAAAGAACUGCUCAAGACGCUUUACAGCUCCAUAAAGACUGAGAAGCUUCAGUGGACCAUUGAUGAGGAGGAACUCAGGAAGUCCAUGUCAGAGUUGGCAGACGUUCGCACGGACUCUGCCUCUCACACCAUGAAGCGAAUGGGGAGCGGAGGAAACCCUCUGGUGGGUGUGGCCCAGCAGUCUGAUGCUGUCCUCUACAAGAACGGCUUCCUGGUUCGCAAAGUCCAUGCUGACUUGGACGGAAAGAGAACUCCACGUGGGAAGAGGGGGUGGAAGUCAUUCUAUGCCAUGCUGAAGGGUCUGGUGCUCUACUUACAGAAGGGUGAAUACCAUCCAGACCGCCAGCUGAGUGAUGAAGAUUUGAAGAAUGCUGUGUCCAUCCAUCACUCUCUGGCCAUGAGGGCGGCAGACUACGGCAAGAGACCAAACGUCUUCUACCUCCGCACCGCUGACUGGAGGGUCUUCCUCUUCCAGGCACCAAAUGCAGAGCAGAUGCAGUCCUGGAUCACACGCAUCAACACGGUGGCAGCCAUGUUCUCGGCCCCGCCCUUCCCUGCUGCUAUUGGCUCCCAGAAGAGGUUCAGCCGGCCCCUGCUACCAGGUUCCAGCACCAAACUGUCCCAGGAGGAGCAGGUCAAAUCCCAUGAGAACCGUUUCAGAGCUGUCUCGGCGGAGCUGGUCGACCUCACCGCCAUGCCCCCAGAACGGAAGGUCAAAAGUCGUGAGCUGGAGGAACACAAACUCCGGGAGGAGUACCUGGACUUUGAGAAAACGCGAUAUGGGACGUAUGCCAUGCUGCUCCGUGCCAAGCUCCGCAGCGGCCAUGAUGACCUGUCUGCGUUUGAGGAUCAGCUGUUGGAUGAUGGCGGCCUCCAGAGGGCUCACUCCUCCCCCACGCUUCCACAGGAGAGCAGUGGCAGCGGUGGUGGCAUAGGAGAGAAGAGCUGCUCCAGGAGCUUCAAGACGUCCAGCACUGACAGAGAAGGGAGCAGGAAGAGGAGUAAGAGCAGCAGUCAGCGCUCUGAUUCCCACCGGGUGAAUAGCAACCAGCAGGGAAAUGAGCCCUAAGGGAGAGAGGAGCACCGAACUGUAGGGUGAAGAGAAGGAUUGUGGGUAAUAAACAAACAGACAGUCAUGUUUUGGCUCUGUUUAAUCUGCUUUGAGUCCUGGUGGGGAGAUUUGCUCCAACAGAACUGGACUGAAAGGUAAAGCAGCAGAGGAGCUUCAUCAGGUUCAGAAACAGAGGAGGAGAUGGAGGAGUUGUUUUGUGUUUCCUCUUCAUUCCAGUUUGUUCCAGAAUGAAUCAAUCCUCACUUCCUCUAAAAGACAUCCAUCCCGCGACAUGAAUCAUUCUGUUUUCCAAAUGAAUAUAUGAUAAGUAGAACUCUAUAUUCUCUAUUAUUAUACGAUCUCUAAUAAGUAGAAUGAUAUAUUCUAUAUAUUCUACUGGAGAAUAACUGCUUCUCUCCUCUGACAGAAAUUGGACCAGAUAACAAACCAUUAUGUGACGUCUCAAUCUCUCUGAAGCUUUUGGUUGGAUUGUUUUCUGUACCAGCUUUGGCCGCCGUUGGAUUAAUGGGUGUGUUUUUUUUUUCCUGUCCAGGGUAAAAUCUUAAACCCAUGGAUGUGUUUGAACACGGAGGGAACUUUAAUAUUGUAAAGCAAAGAUAGAUUUUAACCAUUCCAGCAUCGUCUCGUGCAACACAGAGCUGAGCUUCUCUCAAUGAAUCCACUGAAUACCAUGUGGGAAACCAGACAGACUCCCAUAAUGCACUGGGAGAAAACUGGAACCACAGCAGGCAUCCCAGAACCCACGUCCUCUGUUGUCCUUAUUCCAGUGGAAUUUACCUACCUUUCAAAUAACAGAAAGUGUCAUUUAUACACACCAAACUACAGUAAAACUCUGUAUAUGAACGUCUAAAAGCACCACAUUCCCAAUGUGAGGACAAAGUACUCUGAUUACUUCUAAAUAAGUUAUAACACUCAAUAAGCAGGUUUACAUUUAUGAAGCAGGUUAUUAAAUUGGAAUAAGGCUGUUAAUAAUUGAUGAUGUGUUUUCAGUCUGGAAUGAAGCUGAAUUCUGCGUAUUGGUGUGAAUUUAUUUUGACACCAGAUGCGUUCUGCCGAAUGAAGAGAAAAGAAAGAUGUGGAUUAUAUUAGAACAGACAGACAGUGAGGGCUAUAUUUAAACACAUGUAAUUUAUAUGAAUUAUAUUGUCAUUACAUUUGAAUGGCGGUGGUUGGAAAGGACGGCCAUUAUUGAAUCAUUAAACGCAACAUGAACGUGCCACGUGUGAAUGUGACGUCAUCGGCAUCAUAAUCACAGCAGAGAAACCAGUUUCCACCUCCGCCAACAAGCAAUCAUUGGAAAUGACAUUUUAAUGACUGGAUUACAGAAUAAAAAGACUCGUCUCCAGUCACAGGGAAGGUUUGGAUGCUGCUGAUGGAUGGAUGACUCGUAUUAACUGGUUGGAUUGUCUCGUUUCUCCAAGUGGAGCUGGGCGGUUCAAUGGAAACGACUGAAACAGAAGGAAAUGUGUUCAUGUUCAGAAAACUAAUUUUCAAGACAGUCCUUGGAAAUUGGAAGUAUGUUUGUUUACAGUGUCUUGAUCUGGUAAUUUGGUUUAUCAUGGUUGAACAGUGUUCACUGCAUUCCUGCUUCAGGAUGAAUCUGUUCAUUUGCAUCCAUCCUGCAGGCCGCCGGCCUCUGUUCAAUGUUUCAGUUUUCUCUGCAGAUUGAAUGGAGGUCAGUGGAGCGAGAAUCCCAUCUUCUGUUGAGACUUUAUGGAAGCUGUAAUAACAUGAAAUUCACAUGAAUGAAUAUUCUUCAUUUCUAUCAGAUCUGCUCAGGCUUCAGAUUUCAUGCUGUAGUUUCAGAAUGUCAGAGAACAUAGGGGUCCGCGGUGGUGUAGCGGUCUAAGCAUCGGCUUUGUGUCGAUCCAGUUGCCCACUGGGGACCGGGGUUCCGGUCUCGUCAGAUCCGACUAUGGCCGGACUCGAUGAAGCAGCAAUAAUUGGCAACGCUGUCUUCGGGAGGGGGGCGGAGUCGGCUUGUGUUCGUCACAUGAAUGCGUCUCUCUGUGUGUGUGGGGAAAAGCAGUGAUUCGGCCUGGAUUCGCCUUGUCACCAAAGUGGCGAGGCGUCUCCUUCGAGACUGCCGGCCGGAGAGAUGCAGUUGGCGAACGCAUGCAGUACGAGGGCGGGUGUUUGAACUAAAAUAGGGAGCGAUCGGCCACUAAACUGGGAGAAAAAGAGAAAAAUCAGAAAUAGAAGAAUGUCAGAGAACAUAAUUACAUUCAGGAAGAGAAAAGGUACUCCUGUUCAGAGAUGAAGCUGAUUUCAAUGGGCUGUCCGUCCAGAUAAUAAAAGUUAAUUAAACAAAUCACUUUUUUCAGGGACACGAGAAACAAACUGUGUUAAUGAAUGAUGCUAACAGAAACCGACCUAAUGAAGUGGAUCAGAUUUCCAUGUCAUAUCUCAGCCCAGUGUAAAGUAGAUAUCAGUCAAUGAUAUUUGAAUGUUUAAAACUUGUAAAAUUCAGUAUUUUAUUCUUAACUCCUUCGGCCCAUCUG